UAUUGAAAGGGGAUCUGCAGUCAUUUAAGGACACGUCGUCUUUUUUUCAAAGAGAAUAUACUCAACAACAAAUGCCAGAAGUAAACAAAUAAAAUAAAAAUUAAAAAAGCCGACUUAAAUGCACCCGUAGACGAUAACAAAAAACAGCUACUAAACAGAAUCCUGUGUGAUACCAUGGACAGUGUGAAGAUGGAAUCUGUCCAGAUUAAAGAGGAACUCCCUGAACUUGAACUUGUCCCCAUUAGCGAGUUUGUGGCUUCCCUCGCCAUUAAACAGGAGCUCUGUGAGAUGCAAUGUGACAGCACUCAGCCAGAGGUCUCUGAGAUUAAAACUGAGCACAAUGAAUUAGAGAUCCCCCAGACAGAAGAACCCCUUCCUGUUAAACAAGAAGAGGUGCUGGAAGUUGUCCGCAUUAAAUGGGAGCCCCCUGAAGUAGAACUUGACCACAUGGAACCAGGCAAGGAAGAAACUGAUGACUUCAAACCAAACACCCCUGAGCUGGAGCAAGUACGUCUGCGGGAGUGUAACGUGGUGCUGGAGAGAGUCUGUGUGAGAGAGCAAGGAGCUGGAGAGGAAGUCUUUUCCAACAGCAUGCAAGGAGGUGGAAAGGGUGACAGGCAUUCAUAUUCAAAGCAUAGUCUAGCAGGUUCCAGUCCAGCAGCUAAAGCGGGGGCAGGCAGUGGAGAAUAUCCUGACUGUGGGAAAGGUUUUACCCAGUUACAUGUUAACACACACCAGAGAAUCCACACAGGAGGGAAAAUGUAUCAGUGCACUCACUGUGGGAAGAGUUUCAGUCAGUUGGCAAGACUUGAAAGACACCAGCGAACUCACACAGGAGAGAAACCGUAUCACUGCGCUAAAUGUGGGAAGGGUUUCAGUCAAUCAGCACACCUUGAGAGGCACCAGCUAAUUCACACAGGAGAGAAGCCGUAUCACUGUUCUGAAUGUGGAAAGAAUUUCGGUCAGUCCGGAGACCUGAAAGCACACCAGCUAAUUCACACAGGAGAGAAACCAUAUUGCUGCUCUGAAUGUGGAAAGUGUUUCAGAAAGUUAGGAAACCUGAAAACACACCAGCUAAUUCACACAGGAGAGAAACCGUAUCACUGUUCUGACUGUGGGAAGAGUUUCUAUGAUUCAGGACACCUGAAAAAACACCAGCGAAUUCACACAGGAGAGAAACCGUAUUACUGCUCUGACUGUGGGAACAGUUUCACUAGAAAAGACAGCCUAGAAAAACACCAGCGAAUUCACACAGGAGAGAAACCGUAUUGCUGCUCUGACUGUGGGAAGAGUUUCAGUAGAAAAUACAGCCUGAAAAUACACCAGCGAAUUCACACAGGAUAGAAACAGUAUCGCUGCUCUGACUGGGAGAGUUUCAGUGUUAAACACCAACGAAUUCGGAGAGGAGAGAAACCUUAAAGACCAUGUUCAGUGGGACUUUUCACUCAUUAGGAAAACACUGUUAACCUUGCAUUAUGAAUCCUUGCAGGGCUCUAAAUUGAAACCAAAAAGGGCAAGGCCGAAAUGGCCUUCAGUUUAAUCAAUUUGUAGAGGACACCAAGGCCACUAAACUGAAGUCAAGGCCAAAUUUCCCUAAAUCUGCGAAGCAAAAAACAUAUUUUCUGCAGCAAUGACUUUUCAAUGAAAAAUAGUGUUAAUGAGUAUUAUUAAAUAAGAAAAAGUAAGUUAGUUGGUAAGCAGUAACCCACAACAAGGUGUGCGGGAAGAGACAUCGAUUUACAGUUGUUACAAAAUAUCACAGUACAAAAUAUUACAAAGUAUGACAUUACAAAAAUAUCA